CCCCUCACCGGGCUCAAGAGAGAAUCCAGUGGACAGCAAGUCAGUUCUGUGAACUUCAGGCAUCCCAUGGGGUUGGGACGGUACACUGCAGCGCAUGUACUCCUUUGGGGAGGGAGAGCAGCAUGAUGGAAACCCAUCACACUGGCCUCCUGAGCUUGCAGCGCAGAAACGUCCUGUGGUGCAUGUCUAUGAAGUCUCCGAUGGUGAAGAGCCUCCAAAAUCGCGCCGGAGAUGCGAGGAUGGUGCAAACCCUGCCUUUGGUGCGGCUUUGGGGCGCCUGAUCUUGGGAGAAGAGGUGGAGCUCAACGAAGCUCUGGAAGAAGCUCGAAGGUCGAUGGGAUCAACGCCCAUGCCCGAGCCAGGCAUGAGCCUCUCCUCCGAGGUAGCCAGGAUCAGGGCGGCUGCGGUGGACGACUAUAGGGAAAUCCUUGGCCUCAGUCAAGAGGGUGACUUGGAGGUCUCUCAGGUUCAGUCGAGAUAUCGGCAGAUCAUGCGUUUGUUGCAUCCUGACAAGCGUGACGCCUCAAUGAGUGCUGCGGCCCUUACAGCCUGUGAUGAGGCCAUGGAGCGAGUGCAGCAGGCGCUUCAAGGCCUGAAGAAGGAGAUCGAGGUCGGUCCAGACCCUUCUUUUGUGGCACGACAAAGCAUGAGGCGAAUGCAAGAGCUGCAACGGCUGCGGGCACAGCAAGCGCGCCAGCGGCAAGAGGAACAGCAGAUGGGCAUGCUGCUGAAAGACUUGGACCAGGUCCAGCCGGACGUUUCCAGCGUCGGAGCUGGAGCUUCAUCGUCUCCUAAGGAGGAUGAUGCCACGAAUCAAAUCCUGCAGCUGCUGGCGUCCCAACUUCGCCGCUGAGUUGCGAGUCGCCCGCUGAAAA